AUCCGGCCGGUGUCUAACGGUGCACAUUCCUCUGAAUGGUGACAGUGUUGAGGCGGGCGCUCACCCAGACUUUCUCUUCCCUCCAGAACCGCUCCCUCAGUCUCACUGCGGAAAAGAUGGCCCAAGCGUUUGUUGAUGAGGAGAUAAAGAAGCCGGCGGUGGUUUUCUCGAAGAGCUACUGCCCAUUCUGUAAAAUGGCCAAAGCUGUUCUGAAUGAGGUGGGGGCAAAGUACACCGUUCAUGAGCUGGAUGAAAGAGGUAUAUACCUAUAUAACACAACAACUGCUCAGCAACUACUGGAUGAGCUUGAUCUGCUCUAAUUACUUGAGCUGCCAUAAAAUCGAACUUGUGGUCCUUGGACAAUGCUAUAUACUUCAUGUAGACAAUUGUGCAGACCUUUUAUUGACACUCUAAGGGAUAAAAAUACUCUAAGAGGUGAAUGUUCCCUCUCCCUCUGUUUUCCAGGUGAUGGGGAUGCUAUCCAGGACUACCUCCUUAAGAUAACUGGCGCACGCUCGGUGCCCCGAGUGUUUGUGGGUCAGCAGUGUAUUGGAGGGGUACGGAGACACGCGAAGUUCAUGAGAAAGGCACACUGGUCCCACUCCUCAAGAAAGCUGGAGCUCUCUAACUAGCCACCAGCAAAUGGACUCUAUUUUUUUCUGUGCACGUAAUGGUACAAUUAUGGUGU